GCGGACCUGCUAGGCUUGGGCUGUGGCCGAGGGAUGGCGAACGUGCGGGUGGCCGUGAGGGUCCGGCCCCUCAGCCAGAGGGAGAUUAAAGAAGGGGGAAGAAUUAUCAUGGAAGUUGAUGGCAAAGUGGCAAAAAUCAGGAAUUUAAAGGUGGACAAUCGACCAGAUGGCUUUGGCGACUCCCGGGAGAAGGUGGUGGCAUUUGGCUUUGAUUAUUGCUACUGGUCAGUCAACCCAGAGGACCCCCAGUAUGCAUCUCAGGAUGUGGUGUUCCAGGAUUUGGGGACUGAAGUACUGACUGGAGCCGCCAAAGGCUAUAACAUAUGCCUUUUCGCCUAUGGACAGACAGGCUCUGGGAAGACAUACACCAUGCUGGGGACCCCAGCCUCUGUUGGGUUGACGCCACGGAUAUGUGAGGGUCUCUUCAUCAGGGAGGAAGACUAUGCCCCACUGCCACCUUCUUGUAGGAUAAAAGUAAGUUUCCUGGAAAUCUAUAAUGAAAGAGUGCGGGAUCUGCUGAAGCAAUCUGAUCAAAAAAAGUCCUAUAGUCUGAGGGUCAGGGAGCAUCCAGAGAUGGGGCCCUAUGUACAAGGUUUAUCUCAACAUGUAGUUACCAACUAUAAGCAAGUAAUUCAACUCUUGGAGGAGGGAAUAGCAAACAGAAUCACAGCAGCCACUCAUGUUCAUGAAGCCAGCAGCAGAUCCCACGCCAUCUUCACUAUCUACUAUACACAGGUAAUCCUGGAGAACAACCUCCCGUCUGAAAUUGCUAGCAAGAUCAACCUUGUGGACCUAGCAGGCAGUGAAAGAGCAGAUCCCAGUUACUGUAAGGACCGGAUUACUGAAGGAGCCAAUAUCAACAAAUCUCUUGUGACUCUGGGAAUUGUCAUCUCCACCUUAGCCCAGAAUUCUCAAGCAUUCAGCAGCUGCCAGAGCCUCAACAGUGCAGCCAGUGAUGGCGGUGACAGCGGGAUCCCUAGCUCUCCUUCAGGGACCAGCAGUGGAGGCGCGCCCUCUCGGAGGCAGUCUUACAUCCCAUACCGGGACUCCGUGUUGACCUGGCUGCUGAAGGACAGCCUUGGAGGCAACUCCAAAACUAUCAUGGUUGCCACUGUGUCUCCUGCACACACUAGCUACAGUGAGACCAUGAGCACACUGAGAUAUGCAUCUAAUGCCAAACACAUCGUCAACAAGCCUCGGGUAAAUGAGGAUGCAAAUAUAAAACUGAUCAGAGAACUCAGGGAGGAGAUCGGAAGACUAAAAGCCAUGCUGUUGAGCUUCGAACUGAGAAACUUCAGUCCAUUGAAUGAGGAGAAGGAUGAGAAUCUGAAGGAGCUGGUUCUCCAAAAUGAAUUGAAGAUAGACCAGCUGACUAAAGACUGGACCCAGAAGUGGAAUGAGUGGAAGGCCCUCGUGGAGCAUUACAGAGUGGAUAUCAACAGGAGGAGGGCUGGAGUGGUCAUUGACUCCAGCCUGCCGCACCUGAUGGCCUUGGAGGACGAUGUACUCAGCACAGGAGUUGUGCUCUAUCACCUCAAGGAGGGGACAACAAAAAUAGGAAGGAUCGACUCAGAUCAGGAACAGGACAUUGUUCUGCAGGGGCAGUGGAUUGAGAGAGACCACUGCACUAUCACCAGUGCCUGUGGGGUAGUCAUUCUGCGGCCUGCCCAGGGGGCCCGUUGCACUGUCAAUGGCCGGGAGGUCACUGCCUCCUGUCGUCUGACCCAAGGAGCAGUCAUAACCCUGGGGAAAGCACAGAAGUUCCGAUUCAACCACCCAGCAGAGGCCGCUGUCCUGCGGCAGAGGAGGCAGAUCGGAGAGGUUGUCGGUGGCAGUGGCUCUUUGGAAUGGCUGGAUUUAGACGGAGAUGUCACUGCCUCCCGGUUGAGUCUCUGCCCUUUGCUUUGGAAGGAAAGUAUUUUCCUGAAUCAAGAUCCCUCCACCAUGUUACCUACUUUGCCUGACCCUACUGACCAAAUAUCAGAGACAGUUCCAUCAGAAGAAUAUCUGUUCCAGGCUGCUGCUUGCCCUCUAAGGACAGGGUGUUUCAGCAAGAAUGCCCUCUGUUCCUCAGGGAAGAGGCAUCUCUGCAAAGCCAGGGGGGCCUUGGCAAGGAAAGGAGCCUCAGCCUCAAGUACCUGUCUCACUGUGAGUUCUGAGUCUGCCAGUAUCCAGGAAAUAGAGAGCGUGGGUAAGCAGCCCUGUUGGAUGACGUCCCAGAGCUUAGCAUCUCUUGACCAUUCAGCUAACAAGAUAAAGCCAAGGGAUAAGCCAGAAGCACUCAGCCCUUCCACCUAUACCAAGAGGGGUAGGGGACUAGCGGACCCUGACCACGUACGAGCUGGGUGGCGAAAAGAAGGGAACCUUGGGACCCACAAGACUGCUAAGGGAGCCAGAUGCAGCUCCUUACAUCCCCGUGGACCCAAACAGGCACCUGGACAUGGAAAGGCAGCCAGGACUUUCUGGGUAGAAUACAAACCAUUUUCUUCAAGCAAGGCAUCAAAAAGGCAGCAGAGGGUGCUAGUAGCCAGGGCCAGAGACAUUGCCAAAAAGUCCUCUCAUUUGCCUCAUGGCAGCCCUCUGAGGAGGGAGCAUAGUGCAGGAGACCCAGACUCCACAAACUCACUCACAGAUUGCAGCCCAAGAGUGGAUCGUGUAAGAGAGAAAGAUGGUGACGUAUCUGAUGCAGAUAGCAGUUACUCAGUGGAUUCUCUCUCCUGUGUCUAUGCCAAAGCCCUAAUGGAGCCACUGCAGCCAGAGGACCCCCAGGGGAAGGAACAGGAUCUUCCAGAGUCAGACAACUUUGAAAGUGAUGACAGCCAAAUAUCUGAGGACUCGCUGGCUGACAAAGGGUACAAAAGCCCGCCAGACAGCCCAGGGAGCAGCUAUCUCACCAACCACCACAGUCACCCCAUGGCCAGAGCUAGAGCCCCUGCGCAGGGCUUCACCAUGCCCUCAGACAGUGGACUGUUCACCCAGACUUGUAGGAGCUUUUCCGUGGAUAGCCUGAUUGAUGCCAAGGAGGAACUGGGGGAAGAUCAGCAAGAGCCUUUCUUCAGUUCAGCUGAUGAGAUGCCCGCAGAGACAUUUUGGCACCUGCAGACCUCCAGUCUGCCCAUAGUGGACCAGGAGGCAAUGGGCAGGCUUGGUCCCAUCAACCACAGAACAGGAGCCAGGCUGGAUGCCAUCCUGCCAGUGAGUAGUUCAUUUUACCUUGGUCCCUCGCCCCAGCCUCACUGUGGACAACCUGAGUCAGAGGUAGAGGCGAGCUCCUCUGAACAAGCAAACACACUCCAAGGCCUGCAGGUUUCAAGAGGGAGCCCUCUGUUGUCCAUGGAUUCCUGGUUUUCCUGUGACUCUAAGAUCAAUUCCAGCAGCCCUGCAGGAAUAGUGGCUUCCUUAUGUCCGAGUCCUGAUGUCCAGGAAUUUCAACCCCAAGGUUGGGAGAGGCCUGGACAACAGCAAAAUAUGGAAGAACUCAAGCCAUCAAGAGCAGAAACACCCCUGCCCCAUAGCUCCAAAGUGCCUCAAGGCGGCCCUGAGCUGCCCUGUCAUAUAAGAGGUGUAUAUACAGUUCCUGCCUCUGAUACAUCCAGCCUGUCAUUCUGGGGGUCGUACAGGCUUCUUCAGCCAAAAGUUGCUGGCAUCUUUCAGGCCAGAAGUACCCCUGACACAACCCAGCAGGGCAACUCGGAAGCAUCCAACACCUCCAGCCUGUCAAGUGCUUUGGCUGCCUCUGCUGCCUCAUUCACUUGUGAAGGCAGUGCACCUGAGAGAGCCUGGGCUGCCCUUCAGCAAAAGUAUCUCCUUCAACUGUCUCAUCCUGUGCUGGAGGCUGUGAGAGAGCCCUGUCCAGCUUUCCACCCUCUUGAACAAGAUUCUGCUUCCUUGACCCAAGCUUCUGGCAAAGAAACAGAUACUCUAUUGCCAGUUGGUUCUGGGGUAUCUAGCAGUCUGGAUUUCAGCACCUUUCCUCUCCAUUUUUCCAAAAUUAGGCGUUUGAGAGCAGAGAAAGAACAGGACAGUCUGAGUGCCGAGUUAGAAGGUCCUUCAGAUUUCUUUACAACUAGAGAGAAGGAGGUGAGUCAUAGUGGAACUUACUCAGCAGAUGUAGAAUCAUUGACUUCUGGAACUAUAAAUGCACCAGUCUCUGUAGCUGAGAACAAGGUGGCAAAUUCCAUGCCAGAAGCAUGUGAAGGCAAUCAGAACAGCUUGGAAGAGUCUUCGCAGAGUAAUGGGAAGCCUGGACAGAUGACUUCCUCUGAUGAAUGUUUGUUUCUCAAGAGCCCUUGUCACAGUAAUGUCACCAUAGCCACUAAAGAAAACCAUUGGCCCCAGGGCUGGGCUCCUCUCAGGAAGAAUAGUGCAGGCCAGGAGGGACAGUUAAGUCAUAGCAACUAUCUGCCCCUUCAGGAGCAGAAGGUAGACUAUCAGGAGAGCUCCAGGGAAGUGGUUGGAAGGCACACAAGCCUUUCAUUUCCAUCAGCUCCAGAACUGUACCCCGACUCUGCUGCCCGGAAUCCAUUCCCGUCUUCCUUGCAGCCACCUCCCUUGGAGACAUUCUAUGUGACCAAAAGCCGGGAUGCCCUGACAGAAACAGCCUUAGAGAUUCCGGCUUGCAGAGAAUCAAGAGUGCCUUCCCCACCCCCCAGGGAAGCUUGGGGCUUUGGUCAUGACCAUCAGGUUCUCCAAAAUGUUUAUGAGAAGAAUAACUUGCCAGUGCUGUUACAAAACCAGAAUUCCAAGAUUGUCUCAUCUCAGCAGGUCACAGCAGGGAGGCCAGUUCAUCUGAACACCAAAGAAGUUAUCAGAGAAAUGGGGAAAUGCCCUGGAAAUAUUGAAGAAGAAAGCCAUAAAUCAGUUUAUCUUUUUGUUGCUGAGAACAGACAUUUUCUUUCAUCUACUAGCACAAAAGUAUGUGAAUAUGAAAAUCAAGUCGGAAUUUUAAAUAAACAGAGUCUUUCAGCACUUAAGGAGGAAGAAAAGGCCACUAUACAGUCCUGUUGUAAUGUUUCCUCAAACCAUUGUAGGUCUAGGAAGCCUCUCCUUGUUUGUGAGUCUGAGACAGAUGGGGAAGAAGAGCAGGAUCACCCUGUAGUCCUAAGAGAGACCCAGGCCUUUAAUAUGAACAGACAGUUUCCUUCUGGGGCCAAGUCUGAUUUCAUCUAUAAAACCAUCAAUUUAGCCGUUGACAAGGACAUGCUGGGGGAAACUGCUGUUUCUUUGCAGUCCAGAUCAGUAUGUCAUAGAGUAAAUGCCCCAGAGAUGGUGUCCCAGGAUGAGAGUCCAGCCCACAAGAGUGAGGGGAAGAAUGAAUCUGGGCUUCCUGGGAAAUCUCUCCAUUCCAAAAGCAGCUCCAAGGAGUUUAAGCUUCCACAAAUGGAGUCUACAUAUGAAAGAUUCCAGUCAGUUACAAGCUCUCAGCAAAAAAACCUGAGUCAAUGCAAGGGCCCUGGAAGAUCACAAGAAAUGUUAAACCCCAAAGAAGAACCUUCUGGAAGGAAACAGAAUAAAAGAGUUAACAGUGCUGAUGAAAUGUCCAGGCUAAUUAGGAGUGUAAUGCAGCUGGAAAAUGGCAUCUUAGAAAUUGAAUCCAAGCAAAAUAAGCAGCUAUAUGCUCCCCCGACACUGGGAGUCAGUAAGGAUUUUGUGUUCCAGGACCAGAGGGACCGGGAGAUGCCUGGCUCUGCCCUAAGGCCAGGCAGCUCUGGUAGCUUGGGAAGCCUUGAGGAACUGCAAAUUGUGAAAGGUUUUCAGGAAAGCCAAGUUGCCAAGCAUAUAAGUAGUUCUAAGCAAAAGGGACCAAAAGCUCAAGGCGGAUUUGAGGAAAUGACUGUGCAAAGUAGAGGGAGCCUACUGGAGGAAGACAAAGUGGUCUCAUCUACUCAGAAUAGCUCAAGCUCUCAUUAUAUUAGCACUUCUUUCAGCCAGGAGACUGGCCCAUUGCUUAGCCAGUCAGAUUUCUCUGUGGCUCCUCACAGAGACCUGAGUGGUACCUUGCCUUUGGAUUCCCCAAGGCUACCAAGAAAUUAUCUUCAUGCAUAUGAUUCUGUAUGUAUUUCUUCAGUUGACUAUUUGCUGGAUCCCACAAUGUUGAAAAUGCCUAAUAGUCCCUUGGUAACUAGAGCAGAGCAUCAGGACCAGACUGGAGAGGCCCAAAGCCACAGCCCUCAGGGAAAUGUUAGAGGGGGCUCUUUCUUGGCACACAGUGCUUGGUGUGAGUCUGUGAUAGCUAUGGCCGUGGCAUCUCAUGGUCAGUCCCAUGUACCAGAGAGCAUUCCCCUGGGUGCAGAGAGCAGGAGAUUAGCAAGAACCCAAGACCAAGGAAGGGACCUUAGAAGCAUCUCAAUAGGCUUGAGUCCCAGGGAGAGUUUUGCUUCUGAAGCCAAGGCAGCUAUACAAAGAAGAUCAGAAAGAGCCAGUUCCCUGAAAAGGGUCUCUAGCCCACUUGAAAACAAGACCAGCUGCCUCUUAGAAGAGGGUAACAGUCAAGGCCAGCAGGCAAAGCAGAAGGAAGUAAAGGACGCCGAGGACCUAAGCCCUACUGGUGGUGCUUUCUCAGCACCUGUGUCCUUGCCGAGGGUGCCUCACCCGCACUGUGCUCAUACAUCGAUGGACCUGGCUGUGUUAGAGGAGAUCAGACAAGCAAAGGCCCAGGGAAAGCAGCUUCAUGGCUUAGGGGCUGAUGACAAUGUUCUUCCUUACUGUGAGGCUUUAUUAGAAGCUGAAUGUUCUUCAGGGGCCCAUGGUAAGCCUCAGUGUCCCCAGAUGGAACAGUCAGUGUCAGACAAGACCAGAAAGGAGGAUGACACACAAGGAUUUUAUGUGACAUCUCUCUCUGCUGAACCAAGAUAUCUAUCAAAUGAUGAAGCCAUGCCCCUCCCUGUGGACAGCUUUCAACAUCUGCCCAACACUGGAACUAAAACAGGGCCACGGCAUCCCUCACAGACUUCUUCCCAUGCAGCCCCUGCUCCAGGCAAAAGCCAGUGUAUUGGAGAACCAAGACAUUUUCUGGGAGCUGGUGAAGAGUUUCCAUGUCACUGUUGCUCUUCUGAAAUCAUACAGAAAAAGAAAAAAGCAACUAGAACACCUUCCUCUGCUGAUCCUGUGAGCUCAGACAGUUUUCCUUCAACAGUGGUAGAGGACAGGAGGGAAAGAUCAGAGAAAGUAGUGGCUACCUUAUCUUCUUGCACCCAUUCUGGUGAUCCUGGGAUGAUUCUAUGUGGGGGAAGCCAAUCAGCUCCAUGGGAGAGUGCAAAAGGCAUGCGUUCUGGUGGUCAGGAGACCAACUCAGUGCAUCAAGAACCUAGAAUUCUAGAUACCACUUGUGGAGGAGGUUCAGAUAAUUUCUUAGUGGCUGCACAGGUAGGAAAAACAACCUAUUCUGAAAGUCAGCUUAUGACCUGUGAUGUUCAGAAUUCUGUCAGCCUCUCAGGAUGUACCCAAUACCAUGGCCAGUGCCUUGAGGCUUCCAUUGGGUUAGAGAGAGGGAGAGCAAGUCCCAAACAGGGUACCAUCCUGCCAGAAGUUCAGGAGGAGUCCCACUGCAGACACCCACAGGAAACUUUAGACUGUGUCAUCAUCUCAGGGAGUAUUGAAGGCAGCAGGACUCUUAGUCCACCUACGGGGCAGGAAGACAGCAGAUCAACGCCUUGCCGACGUCUUUGCAAUCCUCAACCCAUUGAUUCUUGUGCCUGUGCAUCCCCACCCUCCACUUUAUCAUGUUACAGAGACAGUGACCUGAGGAAGGGGAGUUCCAAGGCUGCUCUACGUAUUCUCCAGCCACCCUGCAUAAUACCUUCCAGAGCCUGUGGAAUGGAUGAGAGAGGAGAAAGCUAUUCCAAGGCACAUGAAAUGCUCUUGGCUCCUGGCCUUGAGCCCGAAGACAUUCAUGUAGAAUUUGGGGCAGCAGAUAGCAGCGCUUGGGAGCCUUCCACUUCUGCUGCUGUCCUAUCUCUGGCUCGAGGGGGCAUCUCCCCUUCUGCCCCUGAUGUGAGAACAGGUUCCUUGAGCCACUCAGUGGUGGAUGGAAACUCAAGGUCAGGAGGGGAUCCUGAGAAAAAGGUUGCUGAGAAGAAAGCCAGCCUAGAGCCUGAGGCUACCUUUUCCUCUGCAGACCUGUACUCUGAGCCACUGAGGGAGUUUCAGGACAGCUCUGUAGGUGGCCAGAAGGCACAGGAGUCUCAAACCAAACCAGAACCACCUUUAACAACUGGGAGACCAUGCACCCUGAAUUUAAGUGAAGGGUCUAUUGAGAGUGAGCUUCUGGGGGAACCUCAGCAUGGAUGUUUAGAAAAUGCCAUCCAGUGUCUUCCAGAGAAACCACAACUUUCCACUGAGUCCAAAGAUCACAGUGGAUUGGAUUCCCAAGCCAAGUUUGUAGCAAAGUUAAAACACCUCUCUAGGCACCAAGCUGACAGUCUCUGGGAGGAGGAAGAGCAGCAGAGAGACCAGGCUUUGGGUGGUGGGAAAGAACCUACCCAGAGCAGGAGCUCCCAACCUCUCCAUGAAGGUGGCUUGGACAGCUGUCGGAUUAGAGAUGCAGGCAGAGAGGAAGCAUCUGCAGCCCAUCCCUCUGUGUCCAGGAUGCUUUCAUCAGGCUUUGAAGACUCAGCUUCCAUGCCCUUGGGGCACACUGGAGCCCCAUGGCCCACACCCCAGAGCCCUGGCCUGCCUGUCUCUAGGGAGCAGCUGGCUCCCCACCACAGGUGUUCACUUCCUGUGAUUGCAGUCUUCCCUGGCCCCAAACACUCCAGGUCCUCCCCCACACCACAGUUCUCUGUGAUUAGCUCUUCCCAGACUGUUCAGGAGCUGAACUUGAGUGUGGAGCCUCCUUCCCCUACAGACGAAGAUGCACAGGAGCCUAACAGAUGGUGGACUCCCCAUCCCAGUGAUUAUUUCAAAGGAAAGCCAGCAGUGAGAACAUCUCUGAAAGCUGAGUGCUGCAGUCAGAAAGCCUCAUCUAACUGGGACAAGAGCACUGCUGAUCACCAGCCCCCACAGCUUUCCAACCCUCCUUACCCAAAGUCCUCAGCUCUUUCUUGCAUGCCAACCCCCAAUGACUCCAUGACAAGCUGGAUAUCUAGUACCCUGGAAGAGGCCUGGCAGGCAAAUCCAGAGGGACCUGGCAGCCAGGGGAGGUCAGAGAAGUGCCACUCCAAGGCAGACAAAGGAGUGUUACACUUUGGCUCCAGUAACAUCAAUUCCUACAUAUUGUCUUCAUGUCCAGAAGGGCCUGUGCACAUUGGCUGGAAGCAAUAUGUGUUUGGCAACGCAGUGGAUGUCUCCUGUAGCCAGACACCCCAGGGCCCCAUGCCAUCAAACAUGGCCAGUUAUUCAAGCAUGGACGAUGGCCUGGAAGAUCAGAACUCUCCACACCAUUCUCACCUCAGCACCUAUGCCAAUGCACAGGACCUAGGGAGCACACACAGCAGCAUUGGAAAUGCCCAUGGUCCACAUGAGGCCUGGGAAGUAUUGGGUUCCUCAUUUGCUUUGGGGAAUCCCCACAUCCUGAACAACUCUGAUGGAGCAAUCCCCAGUAAGGGUCCUGACAAGAGAGCACAGAUUCCAGGUACCCCUGAAGAAGCAGGCUCUCUGAGGAGUGAGCCCCUCUUGGCAGAAGGAAGUGCUGCAGGUCCAGUAGAUGAGAUUAUGCUGCUGUAUCCAUCAGAGGCAUGUGGCCCUGUGGGGCCAUCCAGGAGGCACACCGUGGAGCAGGGCACGCAGACCACGCAGACCCUGGGCUGCAGUGUCCACUGGAGCUCCACCGACAUCUCUGCUCAACCAGAAACCAGUGCAGUGCCAGGCUCUGGUCUGGUCUCCUGGACUAGCAUGCACAACCUGUCUCUCCACCUCUCACAGCUGCUACACAGCACCUCGGAGCUGUUGGGGAGUCUUUCCCAGCCAAGUGUGGCUAAAAAGGAGCAGAACGUCAAGAGGGAGUCCCCAGAUGACGUGACCCAGGCCCUAAUGAUGGACAGCUGUACUCAGACUACCUUGGAUGAGGGCAUCCAAACUGACCUGGCCUUACCACCUCUGUACCUUCCAACCCCAGAGGCCAACCCUCAGGAGGUCAAUGUGGUCCUUGAACUGCUGGGCUCAGAUAUCCCCACCAUGUCUCAAAAAAAGGGACAUGCCACAGGGAUCCUUCAGAAGAGAGAGUUAGAGGAAACUGCAUGGAAAAUGGCAGGGCCCUCAGAAUCUCAGGAAGACGGCCUCCACCGCAGGCCCCAGAGCUUGCCAGCACCCCCAUCCCACCUGAGGCUUCAGAAAGCCCACUUUGGGCAGAACCUCCCUUCUGUGAGCCCUCAGGCUUCUCCUGAUGCCUCCCUGCCUCCCAGCUUCCAGCCAAAUGAGCCCUCGUGCCUGGCUGUCAACAGCCCCAGUCUCAAAGGCUCCCACUCCCCUAGGCCCUGCCCCAGUCCUGUAGAGUCUGUGGGGAUUCCUAAGGUCCAGAAGGAGCUGGGUACUGUGAGUACCUUAUUGGUGGACAGAGCCUCUUCCCCAAUACUCACGCUUAGUGCCAGCACCCAGGGGUUGGGGCUCUCCCCAGACUCUUUGUCUCUCACAGCCCCCUUAGUGUGUCCUCUUGAAGGCUACCAGAAACUUGUCUCCAGUCCAAACCUUCUCCUGCAUUCCCCCAGGCCUCCCGUGGAUAUUUAUUCUCAAACUGCUAAUGAGUCCGGUGGCUCCCAGAGAGUGGGGUCUCCAUGUGGGGAAGGCAGAAGUCCCUUAGAAAGGAGUGAUAGCAGGUCAUUCCUUGAGGUGAGGUCCCCGGGCAGUCCACCACAGAGCCCAAAACUCCAAGUCUGUUUCUUAGAGCAGCCCCCUCAGCAGCUUCAGCCCAAGACCAUCACCUUGGUCCAAAGCAAACCACCACUACCCUCACUGAGGAGCCAGAGCCAGAGUCUGGCUGAGGGCUUUGUCCCUGAGGACAUGGCUUCCUUGGAGGGUGUCUCACUGAGCAGUAGGGAGCCAAGUGAAUGGUGGAGCAAGACCGAAAAUGAGGGUGAGAGUUCAGCAUCUCCCUUGGAGCCACAACCCACUCUGGACUUUUCCUCUUCAAGGGGAGGCCUCCACCAACUUAGCCCCUGCCCUGUCUCUGAGUUAACUCCUACUGCAGGGCUCCAGAGUUCCACUUUGAGCCCUACCUGCCAAUCUGAGGUGCUGCUGAGCUCCAGUUCCCAGGUAUGUGUGGCUGCUGAGCCCCAGCAUCAUGGCCUGAGAGACUUUUCAGUGCAUAACAAAGUCAGUCACUGGAGUGGGGUUCAGGAUGGCUAUCCUGGGGGGGUAGGUGUGAUGGAGUCACUGGGGGCUAGGUAUGAUCUUAGUUCCAGAAAGCAGGGAGAGAAGCCCCUACAACCUCCUGACAACCAGAGCCAGGAUCCUGAGUGGUCCCAGAGGGAGCAGAUCCCCUUGCAUAUUGGGGCUCAGAACGUCUCACUCAGCACAGAACUCACAGAAGCGAAGCUGCACCACGGCUUUGGGGAGGCCGAUGCUCUACUGCAGGUGCUGCAAAGUGGGACGGGGGAGGCGCUUGCUGCUGAGGAGCCUCUGCGGUCCACCUGGGAGGAGCUCUAUGCCCGGCAAAAACAAACUAUUGAGGCCCUCUGGAGAGAGCGAGCUGAACGACUUCAGAACUUAGACCAGACACGGAACCUCAGCCCUCAGAAACAACUGAGCCUCCUGCCCAGCAGGGAUUUCUCCACCCGGGACUUUGGCCUACCCAGCAGGCGCCGAGAGUACCUGCAGCAACUGAGGAAGGAUAUUGUAGAAACCACCAGGAGCCUAGGAUUGGCAUCACAGUCUGCUCACCCUGCCUCAGACAUAGCGCUGAUGUUGCAAGAAUAUCAGCACGCCCGCGAGGAGGCCAAGGUGGAGAUUGCACAGGCCCGGGCCCGGCUGCAGGAGCGGACAGAGCAGGAGAAGCUGAGAAUCCGCCAGCAGAUCAUCUCCCAGCUGCUGAGGGAAGAAGAAAAGCUGCACACACUGGUUGCCUCCAGCUCCCUGUCUACCAGCUCUAAUGGGAGCCUCUCCUCUGGUCUUACCUCUGGCUACAACAGCAGCAUCGCCUUAUUGUCGGACCAGCUCCAAUCUCCAGACAGUGUGGGAGACACACACUUGCCUGAUUCCAGUGACUCCUGGAUAGGGGGUAUUCGGGGACAUUCUGCAGUGAGGAACAGUCAGCUGAGUCUGGCCGGAUCCACCUGGAAGAACUUAGCUUACAGUCGAAGAACCUCCCUGGGCAGCUGCUGCUGCUCUCUGUCCAGCCUGGGGGCCUGCGCCUCCUCCUCCUAUCAGGAUUUGGCCAAGCACAUUGUGGACAUCUCUCUUGCUGAUGUAAUGGCUGCCUGCUCGGAUAAUCUGCACAACCUCUUCAGCCGCCAGCCAGCAGCUGGCUGGAACUAUCAGGGUGAGGAGCAGGAGGUGCAGCUUUACUACAAGGUGUUUUCUUCUACUCGGCAUGGCUUCCUGGGGGCAGGUGUGGUUUCCCAGCCACUGUCUCAUGUGUGGGCAGCAGUGAGUGACCCCACCCUGUGGCCGCUGUACCACAAGCCCAUCCAGACAGCAAGGCUGCAUCAGCGGGUGACCAACAGCAUCAACCUGGUGUACUUGGUGUGCAAUACCGCCCUGUGUGCACUGAAGCAGCCUCGGGAUUUCUGUUGUGUCUGCGUGGAAGCUAAAGAGGUGCCUGCUUCGCUGGGGGGGCAUCUGUCCAUCAUGGCGGCUCAGUCUGUUUAUGACACAUCCAUGCCGAGACCCAGCAGAGACAUGGUCCGAGGGGAGAUCCUGCCCAGUGCCUGGAUCCUGCAGCCUCUAACCGUGGAAGGAAAAGAGAUCACCAGAGUCAUCUACUUGGUCCAGGUAGAACUUGGUGCGCCGGGCUUCCCUCCUCAGCUCCUAAGCUCCUUCAUCAAACAGCAGCCACUGGUUAUAGCCAGACUGGCUUCCUUCCUUGGGAGUUAGCAUCUUACUGUCAAGAUGGUGCUGUAGAGACACAGGUCCAGGAUGUACCAGUGAUGCUAGGGUGGCUCUUGUCAUUCUCUGUACGGGAUGCAAGGAGAGGCAAGGCUACUGGCUGUGGCUGACCAUGCUGACAGCACUCAGACCUGAGUUGCCAGCAAAACAGCGUCAGUACUUCCUUCGGUCACAAGCUGGUGCCUCUGCACAGAGAGGGGACCUGAGCUCCCGGCCCCAGUUGGCCAGCAUCAGUGAAAUUCAGCUCACCUUUUUGGAUUCCUCAACCUUUCUUCCCUCUCCGGGAUGCUGUGGCAGAUAAGCCACUUGAAGACCAGGACUGGGUGUAGCCGGCAGAGCCAGGAGAGGGCAGUACUCUGGCCCAGCCCUCAGCCAGGGAGCAAGCACCCACUGGCCAGGACUGUUCAGAAUCUGUCUCCAGCAUUCAGCUCCACUGCGUACUGGAGUAUUGGAACGUGCCAAACUAGAAAACCUGUUUAAAAAAACAACUGCACAAACCACGACAGUGAUUCAGAAUUGUUUCUCCUUACAUUUCUACAAAAUGCUUUAUUGUUAAUUUUUACUUUUCCUUCCUCUUCAUUUCCCUCACAGGAGAGGACAUUUGGGUCUUUGCCUCAGUCAGGAGUAUUGAGCAAUGCUCAUUCUUGGAGCCAUCACUCCAUAGCUCAGGAGAAAGGGAAAGACCACUGUAGAAACAGGUUGGACAGACUUGAGGCCAAGGAGGGGAACUUAGCUCUUUGAGGAAGGGUGGGGUAGGCAGCCCAAUGUUGGCUGCUGACAGGGCAAGAGGAAUUUCAAAGAGGUGAAAAGUUGUUUAUUGAAGACUAGAGAGAAGAUACAUGAACUCUUAGAGGAGGUAAGUGAUUCAUUAGGGGGAAGACUCAGUUCUGUUCCUUCCCUCCCUCAGAGCCUUAGUGCCAGCCUUCAGUGGUCUCUUGAGCAUCUGUGCUGCUCUGGUCAGAUGUGCUAUUCCAGGAGGGGAUGGAGAAUGGGCUCGGUGUUCUUGUCCCUUCACCUGCUUAAACUUGAGCUUUGAGUAUUCAGUACAGUUACGUGGAAGUGGUAUGUGGGAAAGAUUCCCAGCUUCCGUUCUGGUGCCCACAGUCUUUGGCAGAAGAGGGUGACUAUAUAGGGACUGAAAAGGUCAGUUUCUAUACUGUACAGCACAGAGAUUUAUUUUUUAUAAAAGUGUUUGCAGGAUUCUUUUUCUUUUACCUCAGGUUGUUACUUAAAUGUGAUUGAAGACUUUUUAAAUUGCUUUUAAACAUUUUUAUGGUUAAUUUUUUUGGUAUAUUUAACAGUCUAUGUACUCCCAUCUCUUUUCAUAUAAAUCUCUUAAGACUAUUGAUUGAAAAAUUCAGAACACUUGCAAAUUAAAAGUCCAUGGUGUCUUUUUAUUUAGUGAACACUGUGGUGUCUUUUGAGCUCAGAAUUUAGUCUGGAGAUUAUGAUGGCAGCAACAGCCCAGGGCUCAGUUUCAAGGUUACAGUUGGCACGAAUGUACUGAGUUCUUCCCAUGAGCUCAGCAUGACCUUGCAUGUGAACAGCAACCUUGUCAGCCGCCCGACUAUAGCCAGCCGUAGCCCAGAUACGACCAUGAGCAAGGAUUCCAGCUCCGUCAUUGCCACCCACCAGCAACCACGAUCCCUUGGAAUGAAGCUCUUUGACAACAGGAAAUACACACGGACCCGAAGACAGGAUUUUGCGGGACACUUCAAGAGGGUUCCCUGAGUACCCUCUCCUCCUUCCAGCACAGCCUGAAUCUGUGUGCACUGCUCAUGUCGGAAAGCCAUGAAUUUUAUAGGAAUGAACUUCAUGUACAUUAUCAAGGUAGCAGUUUUUAGUCAAAACCAAUGGAUCAUUUAGAGACACACAAAAUGCUUUUGUUCUGAGUCAAAUCAAACGCCCCCAGCCCUAACAAACCAGCACCAGAGCUGCCCUGGCUUCUAGCUCCUUAGGGAGUAGCUGGUGAGCAGGAACUCGGCAUAGCAUCCUAAACCUUAAUGGGAGUUGUGCAGAGGCCCCCACCAUUGGCAAGGAGUGAAUACUAGGGAACAUUUAGACACUGCUAAAUGGCGGGCCAUUCGCACGGCUCUACCCUGUCAGUGUCCCACCUUUGAGCCCACCUGAGACUUUGCCGCCUUCUCAGGGGAAGAGCCAGGUGGAAAUAACUAGACAUGAACCCUUGAUAAAGAAAACAGUUUAUUUUAAAAAGCUCUAAUGUUCUGCCCUGUGUGCGGCCCCCGCAUGGAGCUGCAGUUGAGAGUCCGUACCUGCACAGGGCUGAAGGCAGAGAAGGUGCGGGGUAAGAGCUGGGCUCCUGGCAGUCAGCCCCACCUCACGUAACUGUGUAUUUUUAAGGAGAUGGCAGGCAGCCCAGCUCCUGGGGGUAAGAAAAUGUCCACUCCCCAAGAUUCAUGUUUUAGUUUACUCACAAGUUAAGCAGAAGUCACUUGCCUCUGUCAUGAUUUCCAAACCACGAAGUUUUAAGGGACGCUGUGGUAGCAGCAAAUAGGGCUCGAGUCCUGUGUUGUCAAGCCCACACAUGUCAUUUAAUAAUCUAAGUAAUAAAUGCCCACUCUUCCGCUCCAAGACCGGAGUCUCCAGGCUUUCACAUCACAAUCCUCAGUCACGUGAACCUCCUCUUUCCUCAAGGACACGGGCGGUGAGCCUGCAGUCAGUGGGAUGCCGGCAGCCACAAGCUUCCCCCACAUGGGAGCAGGAAGCCUGACUCCCAGCCUCUGCUGCUCCCACAUCAGCAAGGGUCAGCAGUGAGCACUCGGAGGGGGCGCUUCCUGAGGCACAGUCCCGCCGGGCUCCAGGGUUCUGGUCACAUACCCAAGGUGGGGCCGCUCCCUAGCUCUGGGCCAGCACAGUGCCCCGGUUUGUUUGCACCAGCUCACACGCUCUUAGCUGGGGUUCUGGCAUGUGAGGCUCAGCUAGAAAUGGGUUGAACAGUGUUGCUAAUUCUUCAGAGAAGUCCUGGAAUAAGCAGAAAGAUGACAGACAAGGCUGAUACAAUUCUGGACGGUACAUCCUUUCUACUAAGAAUUCCCAAUAUCAAGCCCUUGCUAACCAGUGAGUAGGCAACCUUAUUUUUUCCCAACUGCCUUCUAUACUGAAAUGGACUUGACACCUUUUCCCAUUUGUUCUCUGGGAUGCUCCAGUUCCAGCAGGGAGAGGGACAUCUGACAGGAGACACACAACCAUCUAGUGAAUACUUAACACCAAAGGAUUCCGUCCUGACAAACCCUAGGAGGUAUACAUUACUCUGCCCUAGAUUACAACAACACUGAGUACCAGCUGAGAUUCAAAUCUAGGUUAUUCUGAUUUAAAAAACCCAUACUCACCAUGCCACAGUGCUUUCCAACUACCUGCCUUCUCUCUGACCUUCCUCUGCUGGCACCCUCUUUAAUAAAAUAGCUACUCAAAUGUGAAAAGGGUGCUCCAGAACAGCCAUGCCAUUUCAGGGUGGUCCUGAAGAUACUUGGUCAAGUCCACCAAUCUCUGGGAAGAUCCUAAGAAUGCCUGGGCCCCCACCACUUGCCCCAUUUCAGGAGAAAAGGGACAGAUGUAGGAGAAGAUGAGGAUUCCUUACCUUUGGCCACUGGGUGUCAUGGAGGCUGCCCAGGCAGGCCUCUAUUUCUGUCCGUCCCAUCAGCCCUUUCUCUACCAGCUCCCGGAGCAAGAACAGCAGGAGGUCCCACUGCAACACACAUGGAGGGGGUCAGCGUGGUUAGGACAGCACAGCGACCCUGACUGGAUCCAAAGGACAGAGGAGACCUAGAGCCCACGUGAGUGUGUUAAGGAAAAGGACACAGCUGCCAGAAAAGGUGGAGUAAAGGAAACACACAGCAAUUGGGGUGAGGGUAGGGGUGUCAGAAUAGGCGUGCAGGGGGCUACAGAGCCCACCUGGCCACCACCCUCCCCCCUGCUCUGGCUCACCUCCCUUGGCCGAGUAUCUGCCAGAAGGCCCAGGUUUCUUGGGCUCAGCAGCAGCUGCAGUGGAACCGGCACCUGAAAGUCAUCCUUCCACAGGGAAAGCAGCACAUGCAGGAGCCUGCGAGCCUGCCCUCUCUCCAGCCGGUGCUGCGCCGGGGGCCCAAGGACAGGGAUCUGGUCUGCAACUUUGGGCAAAGAAUGAAGUCAAGCUUUAAGAAACGGAAAUAGGGUCACCUAGCUGGCCCCUGGUAGGUAGACUAGAACAAAGCUCCGCAUUUCUAAUCUUGCUUGUGCCCAACCCUGAGAUCUGAGGGACCUGACAGGAGCGAGACGAAAUGAAAAGGAACCAUACCAAGGAGGGAUGCUAACUCCACCGAGCACUUUGCCAGAUGCUGCUCAGCAGGCGGGCACAGGAACUGUGGGGAAGAGGCAGGGAAACCCUGGACAUUAGCAACAUCCUUACAGCAGCAGCCCUGAGCUGAUGCAACUCGUGAUGAGCAUUGGACAAGGACACAAGCACAGCAUCCUGUCAGGGCUCACCUGGCGGCAUUGCAGCGUCUGGCCCAGCUGGCCCAGGAGCUGCUCCAGAUGUUCCGGAGAGACUCCUUCCUCAGGGUCCCGGGGCCCCACAGCCAGCGCAAGCACAUCCUGGAAAGAGCAAGGGUGGAAACAGAGUGAGACUUCAUACCUGGCUGGGACCUAGGAGGCCACAGAGAACGUGGCCUGGGACAGGGUUCAGCCAGUGGAAAGAGGCAGAAGGAAAAGUAAGACAGGGUCCCUGGAUGAAGCGGCCGGGGCAAGGUGCCUUAGACCUGGGGCUUGGGCAGGACCGCACAACUGGAAGAAGCCAACCAAGUGGACAGCAACAGAGGGAACAGAUGGAGCAGGUCAGCUGAAGGACAACAUGCUGCCUUGAGAGCUUAAGAGAGGUCACUCGUCUUGGGACAAAGCCAAACCCAGGCAAUUCCGAGAGCGCCUUAUCCUGGAAGCAUUUAGGGGAACCGUCCUGCUAUCUGUUGUAUUUUCUAUCCCCCAUACUUCUCGGUUCAUCUUCUCGGGAGAGUCUGGUUUCAGUACAGAAAACCAGUAGCUAAUGGCCACUUAGUCUUUUCUUCUCCCCACUAUAUACUCUCCAUUUUUCGUCAUUCCUUAGUCCCUAGUCCUAAUCUUUGGCCCCACCGAACAGUAAGUGUUGAGGGUUUGCAGGCUUUAAUGUCUCUGCCCAAAAUACUCAACUCUGCUGCUGUAGCACAAAAACAGCCCUAGACAAUUCAUCAGUGAACAAGUGUGGCUGUGUUCCAAUAAAACUUGACUUGUAAAAACCA